AUGGAGCGCAACGUGGCCAUCAAGAAGGCCCUCGACGACAACAACUUCACGGGCCUGUCCAUCAACAACCCCUCGGUGCCCGACGAGAAGAAGCUCAUGUGGUCCGACCUCGUCCAGGGGAAGCCGGAGCUCGAGGACUCCCUGAGUAGCAACGCAAGACAGAUGAAGGCGGAGAUGUACACCUCCAUGUUCAAGGACUCGACAGACCUCGACCACCCGUGCCGGAUUCCCGGCAGCGUCUACUUAAGGUGCGUGCAAGACAAUGUCAAGGCCAACCAGAAGAAUCGGGAAGCCAAGUGCACGCCUCUCUUCGGCGCCUUCGAUGCCUGCCGCAAGGGCGUGCUCUCGCAGCAGGCCGGCGCGGUGCAGGCCGCCCUGGCGAAGCAGGACAUCGCCGACCGCCGUGCCAAGGCCCGCCCGCUCGUCGCCGCCCUCGUCGUCUCCGCCCGCUCCUCGUCGCCGUCGCCGCACGACGAGGAGAAGGACAGCGACGACGACGACGGCGACCUCCUCGGCUCGGGCCUUCCUGGGGGGGGGGAUUGGGGCGGUCUGAGGGGGUUCCCGUCUUUCAGGAGGGGAAAAAAACACACAGACACGAUGAAUCGUCGAUUCCCAGGAAAAGAUGGGAAAAUGUGGGAAGUGGGGGGAAGACAAAAACCUGGAAAAUAUGGGAAAAUGUGGGGGAUAUUUUCAUUUGUGUGUAUUUAUUUGUGUGUCCUGGGACCCCUUCAGUCGCACGACGAGGAGAAGGACAGCGGUGACGACGACUACCUCCUCGACUCGGGCCUUUCUGUGGGAGGGGAUUGGGGCGGUCUGAGGGGGUUCCCGUCUUUCAGGAGGGGAACAAAACACACAGACACGAUUAAUCGUCGAUUCCCAGGAAAAGAUGGGAAAAUAUGGGAAGUGGGGGGGAAGACAAAAACCUGGAAAAUAUAG